AUGAUGACGAGAAAGCGAAAAGCUGCUGCUGCUGCUGCUGAAACACAAGAGCAACCGGUUCGCAUGAAAAGAGACAACCAAGUUAUCGAAACUCAACCGAAAAUCAGAAACGAAGUACGAUUGCAAUGUACAAUUGCGGAUUUUUCAAAAAAACUUCUUCCGCAAGGAAAUUUCAAUAGUGAACCGAUGGUUAUUGAUAAUUUGGUGUGGUAAGUUUUAGAUAUUUAUAUUUUUCGAAAGCAAAAAUAAGAUUUUUCAGGAAAUUUUUCGUUGCUCGAAAUUUGAUAGACGGUGUAGAUUGUCUGGAUGUUUUCCUGGUUUGUGAUAUGAAUCAAUUAGAAAAUGCUGAUCAAUGUGUUUGUGUAGCUGAAGGACAUGUUUGUCUCAUUCAACAAACUAUCAAUAUUCCACCCCCAAGAGUCAAUUUUCAAAGUCCGUAUACAACAUAUAAUUCAGCAUUGCCUGUGCAUAUUCCACAUAUUCGAUUUGUUUUUGAAGAUGUUUUGCGAAUCGCAUUACAUCAGAACGAUUCAAUCAUAAUUUGUGCGACUUUUGAUUACAAAUUUUACGAUUUUUCGAAAUAUAUCAGAAAUUAUACAGAUGUUACGCUAUGUGCCAAUGGAAAACACUUUUUUGUAAAUAAAGGGGUAAGUUGUUUCAAGAAAAAACUUAUCUGAAAAUAAAUGAUUGUUUUCAGUUGCUAUCGAGUUAUUCAAAGUUUUUCUUCGAUUUAUUCUACACUCAAGACAAUUCUGAUUUUAUGAUUGAUCUUGAAGAUAUUCAAAAUGCUGAUUUAUCCCUACUCCUCGCCAAUCUUUUAUGCAAUCCAAUCAGCGUUGAUAUUAUGGAACGAAUUCUUCCACUCGCUUAUAAAUUCGAUGUAUUGCACCUCAAGAAACAUUGUGAACGCGCAUUUAUUUUCAGUCGAAAAUUUAGCAUGUCAAUUGAAACUUUGCAAUAUAUUGAGAAAUAUGAUUUGGAAGAGGCAAUGAAAUAUUAUUUGAUGAAUAUCAAUCCGCGUGCAAUGAAGCCGAUGUUGAAAUCUGAGGAAUUUAAUAAUAAUUUGAAGGAGAGCACAAAACUUCGCGUUUUUGCAAGUUUGCUCGAUCAUUUUUAA